CAUGUGUAGAGCGAGAGUAGUGUGUGUCCGGAAGAGAGCGGGAGUAGCAGCAGUGAUCAGUCUGUCUCCAGUUAGCUGUAUAACAAAGUCCUGAGGAAACACAGCGGCCUCCCAAGGAACAGCCUGCCUGUCUGCCUCAUUUCAGAGUGGGUUAUUGAAGCCGAAGCCUGGUGCUUCAGUCCGGGAAGACUGCAGAGAGUCCUCCCCUGUAUUCCUCCACUACGGUCUGGGAGCAGCAUCUAUCUCCACUGUUGCUGUAACCAUGUUAAUGUCCCUCUGUGGGACCAAUAAAGGACUUCUGAUUCUGGGACAGACAGAAGAGAGGGGGGAGGGGCGGCUUGGAAAGCGGACUUCUUCUUUUCCCGGAUUUGAAGAGUCCUCUUCCUCGCAGCCCAGCGUAUCCCAGGAUGCAACGCGCGCCGGUGACGAGGAAACAAAGAAAAUGUCGGCCCGGUCUCAGAGAGAAAGCAGCACGUUUAAAUGACAAUUCUGGAGAACUGGAUCUGCUGAGGAAGGAGCUGCCAUCCACACAGGACCCCCUGUGGUGCUGGAGGAAUCUAAACAGCAUCAGGGACAUCAUCCUCCCAAACCUCCGCUUCCUGCCGUCCAGCUGAACAGCAGCUCAUGAAGCUUCAGAGAAACAGUGUGUUCAACAGAGACUGAAGCUUCAGAGAGAAACAGUGUGUUCAACAGAGACUGAAGCUUCAGAGAGAAACAGUGUGUUCAACAGAGACUGAAGCUUCAGAGAAACAGUGUAGAAACAGGAAGUGGUGAUUUAGUAAACAUGAGUGUUGUGCUGCUCUCGUUGGUGAAGCAGCGACUCACUGCAGCUGCUGAAGACAUCUUUGUUCUGUUUGAAAGAACGAUAUCAGAGUACGAGGAGGAACUGUCUCGUUCAAAACAGGAGAACGAGAGACACCGGAAACUACUGGACGCUGUUUUACAGCCUCAGCUUCAGAUCCACAGAGCAGACGUCCAGCAGCUGGUGGUGGUUAAAGAAGAGGUUCCCCCUGAGCAGCAGGAGUGGAGCUCCAGUCUGGACCAGGAGGACCCAGAGCCCCCCCCACACAUUAAAGAGGAACAGGAGGAACUCUGGAGCAGUCAGGAGGGAGAGCAGCUUCAAGGGCUGGAGGAGGCUGAUAUCAUCAAGUCCACAUUCACUCCUGUCCCUGUGAAGAGUGAAGAUGAUGAAGAGAAACCUCAGUCCUCUCAGCUUCAUCAAAGACAAACUGAACACCUGGAAACAGAAGCUGAUGGAGAGGACUGUGGAGGACCAGAACCAGCCAGGAACUCAGAUCCAGAGAGACAUUUACAACCUGAGACUGAGGACAACCCUGGAGACUCUUCUGAACCUGACACUGAAGACUCUUUUGAACCUGACACUGAAGACAGUGGAGAUUGGAAGGAGACCAGAGAACCAGGUUCAAACUGUCAGAGAAAUAAACAAGACCCUGUCAGUGAUUCAGGACGUAGUGCAGGAGAGAAAACAUUCGGCUGUUCAGUCUGUAAGAAAUCUUUUGUACAGAGUAGUCAUUUAAAAGAGCACAUAAGAAUCCACACAGGAGAGAAACCAUUUAGCUGCUCAGUCUGUAAGAAAUAUUUUAAAAACGGAGGACAUUUAAAAUGCCACAUGAGAAUCCACACAGGAGAGAAACCAUUUAGCUGCUCAGUCUGUAAGAAAUCUUUUGCACAGAGAUCAGAUUUAAAGGGCCACAUUAGAAUCCACACAGGAGAGAAACCAUUCAGCUGCAGUGUUUGUGACAAAAGAUUUACACACAGUUAUCAGGUCCAAAGACAUAAGUGUGUUGGCUCAAGACGUAGUGCAGGAGAGAAACCAUUCAGCUGCUCAGUCUGUGAGAAAUCUUUUGCACAGAGAGGAAAUUUAAAGGCCCACAUGAGAUUCCACACAGGAGAGAAACCAUUUAGCUGCAGUGUUUGUGACAAAACAUUUACACACAGUUAUCAGGUCAAAAGACAUAAGUGUGUUGGUCGUCAGUCCUCACAGCUUCAUCAGACUCAAACUGAGGAGAACAGAGAGGCAGAGCCUCCAGCCAGCAGCUCAGCUGAACACAUGGAAACAGAAGCUGAUGGAGAAGACUGUGGAGGACCAGAACCAGCCAGGAGCUCAGAUCCAGAGAGACCUUUACAACCAGAGACUGAAGACCACCCUGGAGACUCUUCAGAACCUGACACUAAAGACAGAGAAGACGAUGAUUUUUGGAAACAGAGCAGUGAAAGCCUGUCAGAUUUAAGCUUUUUGACAUUUUUCCACAGUGGUGACACAUUCAACAGCAAUCACCAGGGAGAGGAAUUGUUUACGGAAGGUGGAAAUCAAAACCAGCAUAUUCCGAACCAGGAGGACCCAGAGUCCCCCCCACACAUGAAAGAGGAACAGGAGGAACUCUGGAGCAGUCAGGAGGGAGAGCAGCUUCAAGGGCUGGAGGAGGCUGAUAUCACCAAGUCCACAUUCACUCCUGUCCCUGUGAAGAGUGAAGAUGAUGAAGAGAAACCUCAGUCCUCUCAGCUUCAUCAAAGACAAACUGAACACCUGGAAACAGAAGCUGAUGGAGAGGACUGUGGAGGACCAGAACCAGCCAGGAACUCGCAUCCAGAGAGACAUUUACAACCAGAGACUGAGGACAACCCUGGAGGCUUUUCUGAACCUGACACUGGAGAAACUUCUGAACCUGACACUGAAGACAGUGGAGAUUGGAAGGAGACCAGAGAACCAGGUUCAAACUCUCAGAGAAAUAAACAAGACCCUGUCAGUGAUUCAGGACGUAGUGCAGGAGAGAAAUCAUACUGCUGCUCAGUCUGUAAGAAAUCUUUUAAACAGAGUAGUCAUUUAAAAGAGCACAUAAGAAUCCACACAGGAGAGAAACCAUUCAGCUGCUCAGUCUGUAAGAAAUCUUUUAAAAACGGAGGACAUUUAAAGGGCCACAUGAGAAUCCACACAGGAGAGAAACCAUUCAGCUGCGCCGUCUGUAAGAAGUAUUUUACACAGGGUGGAUAUUUAAAAGGCCACAUGAGAAUCCACACAGGAGAGAAACCGUUCAGCUGCUCACUCUGUAAUAGAUCUUUCGCACAGAGAGUAGCAUUAAAGGGCCACAUGAGAAUCCACACAGGAGAGAAACCAUUUAGCUGCUCAGUCUGUAAGAAAUCUUUUGCACAGAGAUCAGCAUUAAAAGGCCACAUUAGAAUCCACACAGGAGAGAAACCAUUCAGCUGCAGUAUUUGUGGCAAAAGAUUCACCAGGAGUCAUCAGGUCAAAAGCCAUAAGUGUGUUGGUCGUCAGUCCUCACAGCUUCAUCAAACUCAAACUGAGGAGAACAGAGAGGCAGAGCCUCCAGCCAGCAGCUCAGCUGAACACAUGGAAACAGAAGCUGAUGGAGAGGACUGUGGAGGACCAGAACCAGCCAGGAACUCAGCUACAGAGAGACAUUUACAACCAGAGACUGAGGACAACCCUGGAGACUCUUCUGAACCUGAGACUGAAGACAGUGCUGAUUGGAAGAAGACCAGAGAACCAGGUUCAAACUCUCAGAGAAAUAAACAAGGCCCUGUCAGUGAUUCAAGACGUAGUGCAGGAGAGAAACCAUUCAGCUGCUCAUUCUGUGAGAAAUCUUUUGCGCAGAGAGGAAAUGUAAAGGGCCACAUGAGAAUCCACACAGGAGAGAAACCAUUCAGCUGCAGUGUUUGUGACAAAAUAUUCACCUGGAGUAGUCAUGUCAAAAGACAUAAGUGUGUUGGUCGUCAGUCCUCACAGCUUCAUCAAACUCAAACUGAGGAGAACAGAGAGGCAGAGCCUCCAGCCAGCAGCUCAGCUGAACAAAUGGAAACAGAAGCUGAU